AUGGUCCGCUUGGCAGGCACCUGGCCGCUCAAAAUUGCGCCGCAGGCCUACGGAACCACUGCGCUUCACGACGGCGUCGUUUUCAUCGAUUGCAAGCACGCAGGGCAGACAAGAUGUCGUAGACGCCCUUCAUCACAUUCAUCAGCCAUCGCCCGAUCGCCAGGAGACCUCGUCUGUCCGACGAUCCACUCAUCCAGGCCAACCGCACCCCCACAUUCCGCUCACCGAUUGCCCCAUCCAAAACAAGAUGGCCUCUCCACAAGACUACAGCACUGUCGAAUUCCAGAAGGCCGGCUGAGACCCGAGAAACGCAUUGCGUCCGUGGGACGGCGUGCCCGAGCAGUACAGCCGAAACGUUGCCCAGCACAUGCAGCCAAGCCUCUUCCGCCAGCUCCCCCGGGGGAUCCGGAUGCCCGAAUCGAUCCGGAAUCUACUCGACGUGAUCGGAGGCGGCGACAGAGACACACAACACCUACUGAUCGGGUGUUGUGUGUCUAUCGUGGUCUCUACAGUCAAUACCAGGGAAUCAUCUCGUCGACGCAGUACCAGCAGCGGGCUCGAGGCUGGCGACGGAGAUACGCCACCCCUACUUGCCGGGGGUGGCGUAUUGCGGAGCGACUUCAUUUGCUAGAAACUAUGGAUGAGCGACAGACAUUGGCCGCCGAGUACAAGCUCGUCCUGCAACUGGCCGUGUCGCUCAACGCUCGUCCUACUUUGGACGAAUUCGCCAAAGCAGUUGCUGCAGCCGGGAUUCAAUUGAACCAGCCGCUGCUCGAAGUGGUCCAUUCGCAGGAGCACGAAGAAAUGGCGGCGCCGCUGGCCCUCGCUGCAUUCACUCGGCUCAUCAUCCGAAACGGGCGAAACAAUUUCGUCUACCACGAGGUCUUCGAUGAUGUCCUCAACACACACUUCAUUCGGCGGGCUGCAACUCCGAUCGGCGAGGUCGACGAGGAUGAAGAAGCGGAGCGCCCCAGCAGCAAUUCGAGCGGCUUCUCAGCGCGGCGCGAUCGACUCAGCUGCAUGUUUGCCACCCCUCGUAGUUUUGUCCUCACGCGGUCGAGAUCUCGCGCGAAGAGCGGCAGCAGGCCGCUCCAAGAGAAGAAGCUGCAGCUCGCCUUCGCCAAGCAGGGAAGGCGUGCCCAUGCCGAGCGCCGUCGCAACAUCCUCCCGCAACAAGCCGCCGCCUUCGCCAAUGGCGUCCCGCGCGCGACUCUUACGGACGCGGAGCUGCAGGGGCUGCUGGCGGAGGCCGGCGUGCCCGCCCACACCUCUUCCACCACCGUCCAGCCAUCCCAACAACCUCCGGAAACAGCACCGACGCCAGCAAGGUUUUUUUUGAUGAUUUUGAACAUCUCCAAUGAGCCGUCGGGGAACGGUUUCGCGCACCCGAAAUCGCAGCUGGCCAGCACGACGUCCCGGAUGAUCAGCCUCACCAUCACCGAACCCACGAGCAUCGCCAUCCAAAAGGACUCGGCCAUCUACUGCAAGACGACGCAGACGGACGACGAUCGAAUCGGCCACGCCGACUUCUCAGAUGGGAGCCAAGAUCUGUGCUUCGACGACGACAUGAUGCCCUACAGACAGUCGCACGAUGACAGCCAGCUGUUUUCGAAGUGGCCGGCCGACACCUUUCUCAUCCACGGCCGAUACAAGACAAUCGAAACCGUCAUCCAUGAGCCAGAGCGCGACCAACCGAACCCGGGAAUCAGGGUGCACAUUGCGAAUGGGAUGGCCCGGCAUCCCUGGCUGCCAUGGAUUCGCGUGCGCAUCAUUCGCCACAGAAACGGAACCUUCUAUCCAAAUUUUGUAUGCAGCUACUGCGAAUUGGAGGCGAAUGCCCCGCCGGGGGAGUUUCGCUAUCAACCGGAAAUUGCACUCAGGAUGGCGGGAGGCAGCGAUGCCCAAUAUCGAUUGCUCGACAAAUUGACGCGUGGCGCUCGAUCGCGUGAAUUAUUCCCGUAUCAGGCGCCGCCACAAUUCACCGCGAUGCCCAUGUUUCGUCGCGGAAAUCUGGUGAUACACCCGGAAUUCGGGCCUCAGAGUAGGAUGGGAGAGAGGUAUUUCGAGAUGGGUUCUUGGAUGUGGCCGGGACUGCAACCCGAUCAGACGUAUCUCUUCUGGCCAGGGCUACGACCCGGAGAAUAUCUCGACGUAUACUUGGAUGCAUUCCAGAAGUUGAUAAACUGCCCGGUGGUUCGUCUGAUGCAAUGCUACCAAAAUGAGACUGAAUGUAUCCAGGCCCUUCCAGCCAUUCAGCAACUAUUCGAAAAUAUUCUUAAAGCGCCGAGAAUCGACCGGGAGGAUGGACGUCGCCUGGUCAUUAUUGACAUACAGAUACUCGUCACCGAGUUCCGAACCGAAGACCGGCUGCGGGUUUGGGAUAAGGCGGUGCUGCCCCACCUCAGCAUUGAAUACGAAAAAAUGGUGCAAGUUGUGUGGGCGCUGAUGGACAGUCUGCGGCCAAUUGAUAUUCAGCUAUACCAAGCCGACCUUCCAAAACUGUCCAUCAAAUGCCAGCCGAUCCGCACACCCACUUGCGCCAAUUUGAUUAUCGCUCAGAACUACGCAUCGCCAUGGCAGGUCUACGCACAAAUAUUACAGUCGAAUACGAAGGACCCCAGGGAUACGAUGCCGCCACUGCGCUGCCUGUGGCCCCGCCCAAUCGAUCACGCCAUC